GCGGUGCCUCGCGCUCCCUGGAUCAUGAGGAGCAACAUACUCCAGGCGGGAUACUAAUUGGUAUUACGAGCUGGGAGAGACAGAUUACUCUCACUUCAUCUCAAAAACAAGCAGCGUUCUGUUCCUCUCUGAAGGAUACUAUUUCAAGGAGUACGGAGUGUGCAGCUAAGCUGAGCUUUUUCACCACAGUUGUACCAUGGGAUGUAUUAAAUCCAAAGGCACAUUUGCGGCUUCAAACACAAUUUUGGACGAUGGAAGCAAGGCCCUUGGCACAUACAACGGGGGCUACGGCGGAGACGCCCCAUCUUUUAUCCAUGGAAGGCCUGGGGUAACUUCGUCCACAAGUACCGUCAUCCUGGACUUUGCCCACCGCCUCUCCCAAGAAAUUCUGGAUCAGGCCGUGAAGCAGUGGGCGGUGACGGAAAGCAAGUACAGUGACAUCCCCUUCAUCGAAAGCGACAUGCCAUGAAGGGCCGG